GCUUCCCUGCAUCGACACUGCAUUUCGAAUUAUCGCAACACACAUCACCUCCUUGUAUUCGGCGCGAGGUCAUCCCGCGUCGCACUUGAGAUCCUCUCUCCAAUUGAGCAGUGAAGCCGCCAUCAUCGCCUUGAAACCCCUUUGAACCAUUCACAAUGGAGGAUCCCUGGGCCGACUCGGCCGGCACCUCGGAGCCACUCGGCGCUUCCUCGCAACAGAGCGCUACCGACAGCACGCCAGCCGCUUCCGCUAGCGGUCCAGAACCAUCUACAACGACCACCACGACGGCGUCGUCCGCCCGCUCCUCGCGCAUCACCCCGCGCCGCCUCGUCGCCCAGCCCACUCGCCUCCAAGCAGUCGAAGACGACCCCCUCGGGCCCCUCGGCGCAUCCUCCACCCCUCCCUCCGGCACCAACGAUGCCGCGGCCACGACACCGGCAGCAGAGAAAGCCGGCGGCCCGCCCGUACCGCCCCUCAAAGAAUCACAGCUGCCCCUGCGCACGACCAUGCCGGCGCCCCCGUCAGCCGGCAAACACCGCGCCGGCCCGCCCGAUCCGCACCGGAUUGACGACGAUGAGGAUGAUGACCGGCUGUUUGGCGUGUCGUCAGGUUCGGGGCCGGGCGGCGGCGGUCCCAGACAGCCGCCACCCGUGCAGGCGGCGCUGCCGAGUCCCGUGCGGAGUGCCACGCAACCUAGUGUCAGUCUCGAGCAGGCUGCGCGACCAAGCUUCCAUAUCACCGUGGGCGAUCCGCAUAAGGUUGGGGAUCUGACGAGUAGUCACAUCGUCUACUCCGUUCGGACUAAGACAACGUCCAAAGCGUACAAGCAGCCCGAGUUCGAGGUCAAGCGGCGGUACCGCGACUUCCUUUGGCUGUAUAACACCCUCCAUGCGAACAACCCCGGCGUAGUGGUCCCGCCGCCGCCCGAGAAGCAGGCCGUGGGCCGAUUUGAGAGCAACUUUGUCGAGUCCCGGCGGGCGGCGCUCGAGAAGAUGCUCAACAAGAUCGCGGCGCACCCCACGCUGCAGCUCGAUGCGGAUUUGAAGCUGUUCUUGGAGAGCGAGGCCUUCAAUGUGGAUGUCAAACACAAAGAGAGGAAGGAGCCGAGCUUGGGGGAGAGCAAGAGCGUACUGGGGUCGUUGGGGUUCAGCGUGGGCGGGGGGAAUAAGUUCGUCGAGCAGGAUGAUUGGUUCCAUGACCGCAGGGUCUAUCUCGACGCUCUUGAAAACCAGCUCAAGGCGCUGCUCAAGGCCAUGGACAGCAUGGUAGCCCAGCGUAAGGCCAUGGCCGAAGCAGCGGGCGACUUCUCGGCCUCGCUCCAUGCCCUGUCGACAGUUGAGCUAUCACCCACGCUCUCCGGGCCGCUGGACGCGCUCUCCGAGCUGCAGCUCACGAUCCGCGACGUGUACGACAGGCAGGCGCAGCAGGACGUGCUCACUUUCGGCAUCAUCAUCGAGGAGUACAUCCGGCUGAUCGGCAGCGUCAAGCAGGCCUUUACCCAGCGCCAGAAGGCCUUCCACAGCUGGCACAGCGCCGAGUCGGAGCUGGUCAAGCGCAAGGCUGCGCAGGACAAGCUGCUGCGCCAGGGCAAGAGCCAGCAGGACCGCCUCAACCAGGUCAACGCCGAGGUGGCAGAUUCCGAGCGCAAGGUGCACCAGGCCCGCCUGCUGUUCGAGGACAUGGGCCGGCUGAUGCGGUCCGAGCUGGACCGCUUCGAGCGGGAGAAGGUGGAGGAUUUCAAGUCCGGGGUCGAGACGUUCCUGGAGAGCGCAGUCGAGGCGCAGAAGGAGUUGAUCGAGAAAUGGGAGACCUUCCUCAUGCAGCUCGACGCAGAGGACGACGAGACUGUCUUCUACCGGCCGCCCGUCGUCCAAGCCAACAAACCGGCCGGUGACACAGCAGUCGACCGGGCCCGGGCAAGGAUCCACGAAGACUCAGACUAGGCAUUGCGCUAGGGCUGCUGAGGUACCAUUGGAUGGGGGAUAUAAUAUCCGGUAGAUGCCUGAACGGCGUGUUGCCAUUGUAUUAUACAUAGCCGUAUCCGCAUGCUGCUGCGGUAGCCUUCUUCUGGU